AUGUUUAAUGGAGUGCAGACAAACCAACAGGAAAUUCAGAAGAAUGCUAAGAGACCUGGAUACGAGUUGAAAAAAAAACGCCCAACGUUUGUUUGGUAAAUUGGCGAUAAUCUGCGUUUGACGAACCCAUUUAAAGUCUGUUUAAAGAAGGAUCGACGCAUACAUUCGCAUUCUGACGAUCGGUAGGUUCGAAACUGAUGGUGGGAGAGCCAACCACGUGUGAAACAGCUGUAGAUUUAAUCAGUGUGUAGAACAGGUACGAGACGAUACAUCGGUCGGUGGAUUUCUCCUGUUUUUUUUUUUGUUUUUUUGAUCUUUCGAAUUGAUCUUUCUUGUUGAUUUUUUAUUAAAUUAUUUAAUUUGAACAAUUGUCUAGAUUAUUUUAAAUUAUUCAAUUUUAAUAACUGUCUAAGAUUAUUUAGUUUCAUUUGCAGUGUUAAAUUAUUUAUCUAGUUUGGAUUACAAUUUUAGAUUAAACUAUAAGUCAAAAAUACUCAUAUUAUUUAGUUAAUUUAGAUUAUAAUUCUAGACCAGAUCAUAGUUUUAAAUUUUUUAUUCAAUUUUAUUGCAGUUUUAGAUUAUUUAAUUACAGUUUCAUGGUACAUACGUACUAUCCAUCGCGAUGCUUUCUUGGUGACGGAAGAAAGUGAAACCGUGGAAUGAAAGCUUCAUGGUGAACGGUGAAACGGUGAAAAAGUGAAACAGAUUGUGAGGCAUCGCACAUUCGCAGAAACUAGAGGAUCACGUGCUUAAACGUUUUCACGUAAGCGCAUCAGGUGACUGGUAAAUCACCUGAAGCGUUUACUACACUUACUGAUUGUCGCUCGGUGAACCGUUAAUUGCCGGCUCUAUUUCAUUGCCAUUGAAUUGAAAGAAGGCUCGCGUUUGGUUUAGGUUAAUGAAACGAUGCAGCUCGCAUAAUAAGAAGACACGCCGAUGGAGUAUGACGGAGUGCCGAUCGAAACUUCAAAUCAAAGUUCUUCCAAGGUCUAUCAUUCAAAUUGAGUCACUCAAGCGUGCUGUACUUUCCGGUUUAUAAAUUAUGUUGUAUGACUAAUACAAAUGUGUUGAAACGUUGUUAUUAUAAAUGACAUUCAUUUGAAGUCGGAGGGAAAUUUGUUAAAUUGAAGAAAUUAUUUUAGUGCUAAAAUUACUGUUAUAAACGAACUGGAUCUGAAUGAAGUCUGAUUGAAGUCGAAGAAAAAUUCGUCGAAUCGAAGGAAAUUUUUAGUGCUGCUGAAUAUUAUUAUUAAUGCAUUAAAACUUGAAGUACUUGGUGGAACUUGAAAGAAAAUUUGUUAAAUUGUUAGUGUUUAAAUAUUCGAUUAUUAUUAUUGUUAUAAAUCAACUGAAAGUUGAAGUGUUUCGUUGAAGCUUGUUUGAAAUUUUGAAGAAAUAUUUAUCAAGUUGAGAAGAAUUUUUCUAUAGUGCUAGAAAUUUUAUUUCUCACAUUGAAAUAUUAUUAUAAACGUGUUUUGAAACUUGAAGAAGAAGAGACAUUCGAUAAGUGAAGAAAAUGACAUGACAGGAUUCAAUUUUAAGAUAUUAUUGAAGAACGUUCCUCGACUUCUAAAUUUGAAAUAAUUCGGUUGAAAGUCAAAGAAAAGUAAAUUAAGGUGAAAAAAAAUUUUUAGUGACAUGACUGGAUUCAGUUUUAAAAAAUUGUUGAAGAACAGAAUCCCUGUUCUGAAAUGGUUACCUCUGUACAAAACGAAAGAUGCAUUGGGUGAUCUAGUUGCGGGAUUGACAGUGGGUCUGACCCUAAUACCACAGGCAAUCGCGUACGCUGGAUUGGCAGGUUUAACACCGCAAUACGGUCUUUACAGCGCAUUCGCUGGCAGUUUCGUCUACAUAAUUUUUGGUACCUGUCGAGAAGUUAAUAUCGGCCCAACUGCAUUGAUCUCUUUGCUAACGUACACGUACGCGAGAGGUAUUCCCGAGUAUGCCAUCCUCCUGUGUUUUUUGUCAGGAAGCGUUACGAUAGUGCUCGGAAUUCUCCGAUUGGGUUUUUUGGUAGAGUUUGUUUCCAUACCAGUCGUCUCGGGAUUCACGUCGGCGGCCAGUCUAAUUAUCGCCUGCAGUCAAAUCAAGAGUUUGCUAGGCUUGAAGAUACACGGGGAAAGUUUCAUCGAAAUUUGGCGGGAAUUGAUCAACAAUGUCCACCGAACUAAAAUCCCUGACCUGAUCUUGUCUUGCUGCUGUAUUCUAAUUCUAUUGACCCUGAAGAAACUCAAAGAUGCCAAGGUCUCGAAUCGGAUUUUUAGAAAAUUGAUCUGGUUCCUUGGAACUGGUAGAAACGCUCUCGUGGUAAUUCUGUGUGCCGCAGUGUCGUACACCUUCGAAAAUCGCGGUGGAGCACCUUUCAUCCUCACGGGUCAUAUCGACUCUGGGCUACCCUCCGUUGAUCCACCAUCUUUUUCCAGGAAUGUUGGAAACCAGACGGAAACCUUCGUCGAUAUGUGUAAAAAUUUAGGCACCGCACGAGGAGAGUCGCUCGAUGCUACUCAAGAGAUGUUAACUUUGGGCUUGUGCAACGUUGUUGGAUCGUUUUUCCAUUCAAUGCCAGUCACUGGUUCAUUUUCCAGAAGCGCAGUGAACAAUGCUUCAGGUGUGAGAACGCCCUUGGGUGGUAUUCUAGUUAUCCUUGCUCUAAGCUUACUCACACCAUAUUUUUAUUACAUUCCAAGAGCGACCUUGAGUUCCGUAAUUGUUUGCGCGGUGGUAUUCAUGGUCGAGGUGAAAAUUUUACGGCCGAUUUGGAAAUGCAGCAAACGAGAUUUAAUUCCGACUUUUACGACAUUCUUCGCAUGCUUGUUCGCCGGUGUCGAAUUGGGUAUUUUAAUAGGUGUGGCAAUUGAUCUGGCAAUAUUAAUUUAUUUCAACGCCAGGCCGACAAUAUAUAUUGAAUACAGAAAUGCUCCUACGUUGAACUACAUCCUCGUGCGUCCCAGCGCCGGACUGCUAUUUCCAGCGGUGGAUUACCUGAGGAUAUACCUGUUAGAGAACUUAGCUAAUGAGCAUCAUAAAUUACUGAAAACCUUCAAGAACACGAAAAUUGUCGUUCUAGACUGCAAGCACAUCGAUAAAAUUGAUUUCACUGCGGCGCGUGGAUUAAAUACGGUGAUGAGAGACUUCAAGGAAAAGAAUCAUUGCUUGAUAAUGCUACGACCAUCCAAGGAAAUCCUACGGAGCGUGCAAUCGCUCUCUAAAGAAACGAUUGACGUGGUUUAUACAGAUGCCGAGCUCGUCGCUAUUUUGAAAGAAUUCAGCACGACCAAAGCAGUCAAAGAAAGUGGUGCAGAGGUAAUAGAUAUGUCAAAUGGAACUAUCAAUAGCACAAGGAGUGAACUAACCAGUACGAAGCUUUAAAACAAAUUAUAGAUACUAAAAUUACAUAAAGAUAUCGAUAACUGGAUAUCUUUUACAUAUUUAAUUUUUACAGAUAUAUUAAAU